AUGUCAAACUCCACUAUGGUUACAGAAUUCCUGCUCACCAGAUUUUCUGAUGUGUGGGAGCUUAGAGUCUUACAUGCCAUGGUAUUCCUACUGAUGUACUUGGGAACCAUGAUGGGCAACUUUCUUAUUGUAACCAUAACCACCCUUGACAAGAAACUUCACAUGCCCAUGUACUUCUUCCUUAGAAAUCUGUCAGUGUUGGACAUGUGUUACAUUUCUGUCACUGUACCCAAGGCUUGUGUCAUCUUCCUUCUUGACAACAUGGUGAUCUCCAUGGUUGGAUGUGCAGCUCAGGUCUUUUUUGUGUUUUCAUUUGCUUGUACAGAGUUACUAUUCCUAUCUCUCAUGGCCCAUGACCGCUAUGUGGCCAUCUGCCAGCCCCUCCACUACACUAUGAUCAUGAACCCUCAGGUCUGUGUCCAAAUGACACUGUCAGCUGUACUCAGUAGUAUAGUGUAUGCAGGAUUCCACACUGGCAACACAUUCUGGCUGUCCUUCUGUCGGUCAAAUGUGGUCCAUCAGUUCUUCUGUGACGUCCCCUCUCUGCUGAAGCUCUCCUGCUCUGAAACUUUAAGCAAUGAAAUUUCAAUUUUUAUUUCUGCAGUGGUGGUUGCUGGUGGCUGCUUUGCCUUCAUCACCAGGUCUUAUACUCACAUAUUUUCUACUGUACUCAAGUUUCCAACCAGGGCAGAGCAAAGAAAAGCAUUUUCCACCUGUGUCCCUCACAUUCUUGUGGUGACCAUCUUUGUCAGCUCAAUUGCUGCUGUAUAUAUGAAGCCCACCUCCCAUUCACCCAUGAUUCAGGACAUGAUCAUCUCUGUUUUCUAUUCUAUAGUCCCUCCUUUCCUGAAUCCUAUAAUCUAUAGUUUUAGAAAUGAGCAAAUAAAAGAGGCUUUAAAGAGAAGUAUGAAAAAAGCAGCUUUAUUCAGGAAGUGA